AUGUUGAGUCGUCCAAUACUCGAUUUUCUGGUCCGAUAUUUCGUGACCAAAGUCAACUGGAUAGAGCAACUUCUAUAUGCACCUUGGCUCCUGACUCAAUAUCAAAAAUGGUGGAAUCUAGACAGGCUAUCAUCUGUUGCUGAUACUGAAUUCCCGGUCCUUUUCCUGAGAAUAUGUUGCUAUACUUCACAGUUCUUUCCUUCCUGGGAUUAUAAUAUUGACAGCAUUAAAGGGGUAGCGUUGGCAGAUAUUCUUAAGUCACACGAAGAAGUCAUUGAUGUGCUCACACCAAUAUGUGUCCGUCUCGAUUCACGAGGUUCCCUGGUACGCGUACUGCAUAUCCUCUUCGGCGGAUUGGGGUCUUUGUGUUUACAUCGAGGCACUAUAAAAUGGGCCAACGGCACCGAUGAGCUUGAGAAGGGCAUGUUACGUCGGGCAAUUUGUGAUAUCCACAUACGGGAUGAGUAUUUCCUCUUCACGAUCCUUUUGAUCUAUGAUGUCUUCAACGAACGCGUACUACUAGCUCAACUUGCUCAAUUUUGGCGAAACCACGGCUCUUCAGUCAAAGAAUCCGAAGAAUACACUGUAAUAGCAACAGAAGAGCGAUACGACAAGUUUUGUAGUGCUUUUCUUCUAGAAUUAUCACCCCUUUCGCUUUUCAACCAGAUAUGCAAUGGGACGAACGCGUUAGCUGCUGCAUCACUUGCUCUGCUGGAAGGCGUUCGGACUCUACAUGGUAUGAUGGGCGACUCCCAUACGAGAUUGUCAGGAGUCAUUGUGCCGACCUUUGAUGCAGCAGUGCCCCUGCUCCGUCUGUGUGCGGAUAACGACUUUCCAGGUGCUAUUGGUACAGAGAGUCAAUCUCAAAAUAUAAGGAGUCCACAUCCCCUAGGAGCCGUGACGUGCGGUCUGACCCGGUCAAAAUGCUUGCAGGCAGCUCGAGAUGCACUGGAUAGUCUACAAAAUCUCGUGGAAGUCAGUAAUCAGGCUGAAGCUGGAGCUCGAAUACUCUCCCACGUUAUUUGA